CUUUGAUAAUUCAAAACUGCUAACACAGCCGUGCAUAUUUGUUUAUUUUUAUUGCAAAAUGGUUCCAACCUUCCCAUGUGCCUCUUUGCAGAGUUCGACCCCCCCUCCAACCACACGCCGUGCGUGAUGCAGGUCCAGACCCUGACGGGAGCCUUCCUCUUCUCCCUGGAGUCCCAGACCACCAUCGGCUACGGCUUCCGCUGCAUCACGGAGGAGUGCCCCAUGGCCAUCAUCCUCCUCAUCUUCCAGCUGGUCCUCACCAUGGUGAUGGAGAUCUUCAUCACGGGCACCUUCCUGGCCAAGGUGGCCCGGCCCAAGAAGCGGGGCGAGACGGUGAAGUUCAGCCAGCACGCCGUCAUCUCCAACCACGACGGGCGGCCCUGCCUCAUGAUCCGGGUGGCCAACAUGAGGAAGAGCCUCCUGAUCGGCUGCCAGGUGACGGGGAAGCUGCUGCAGACCUCCCUGACCAAGGAAGGCGAGACGGUGCGCCUGGACCAGAGGAACGUCCCGUUCCACGUGGACACCUCCACCGACAGCCCCUUCCUCAUCCUGCCCCUCACCUUCUACCAUGUCAUCGAUGACGCCAGCCCCUUCCGGGCCUGGGUGGCCAAAGGUGAGGCACUGUCCCCACCACAGCUCUGGCGGCACACUGGUGUGGAUUGACAUUAUGUUGAAA